AUGCCUUCAAGAAUAGCCGAAGAGUCCAACGAAUUGACAGACUCAGUCAACAUUGUCUCAAGAUUUCUCGCACUCGAGCAGAUUUACAGCGCCAAAGACCUCGACAAAUACCUUCAAACCCUCCAACAAACAAACAACGAUGCCUCAACUGAUGUGAUCGUCCUAUGUGCUUCGGCAAUCCUGGCUAUCCCGGAAGCAGUAUUCGAGUGGGCGGUUCAACAGCAAACCUGUCCCGAAUCACGAACAGGGAAUACAAUUCUUGUUUUAUGUGGUGGCAUUGGACCCUGCACGCCAUUCGUCUACAAUGCUAUAAAAGCCAGCAAGAAAUGUUGCCAGAUAUUUGAUGAGAUCAAUGGGCAGCCAGAGGGCCAAAUAUUGAAGACCAUGGCGGAACGCUUUUACAGACUUGACAUCGACGACAAAGAGACCAGCAAGGCUAAAGACAACGGUUUCAAUAUUCUAGUCUCAGACCGCUCUACGGAUUGUGGAGCCGAUGCUCUCGAAACUCGAAAGGUCUUAGAUUGCCACGGUACAAUCUCUCUCAGAUCAAUUACAGUGGUGCAAGAUCCUGCUAUGAGCAGUCGAACAGUAUCAUCCUUCAAAGCCAUUUACAGGGAUGAAGAGGUGCUGAUUUCCAGUUGGCCACAGACGAAGGCCGAUCGUGCAAGUCUCCAAGGAGGAUCUCAAGCUGGCAAAUGCAACAGAACUAGAGAGCUUUGGUCAAUGAACAAAUUCUUGGACCGAAUCAUGGGAGACACUGGUUACACAACAAGUGACCUAGGAGAGGAAACGAAAAACAACGUUGAUAUCCCGAAUGAGGUGGAAGAUGCUUGGUCUAAUAUAAUGGAGAAGAAUAGCUUGAAAGUCUCAUAUUAA